AUGAUUAACACUGAUGCCUACUGGUAUCAGAUGAAGUUUGAUCAAGUGAACGUCCUUGGAAAGCCUGGUGAUGAUGUUGUUGGUCCAGUCUACUCAUUCAGAGAGAUGAUGAACAAACAUACUGUGGAGCAUCUCGCCACAAUGGCCAAAUCAUGGACCUUUUUUGACAAACACCUUGAGAAGCAAACAAAUGGUGUUGAGAAUGCCUACCUGAUUCUCAACAGUGAUCUCACCUUCUAUCCCAUCCUCUGA